AUGGAAGAAACAGAACCACUAAGAAAAUAUUUUAAUAGCUCCGAAGACUAUCUUCUUUUUCUAUAUGGACCAAAAAGCAGCCACCUGUCCUUGUCUAUGACUUGGAUUUAUGCUCUGAUCUUCAUAGUUGGUGUGUCUGGCAACCUUUUAGUGUGCCUGGUGAUUCUCAAGCACAGGAAUUUGAAAACAUCCACUAAUUACUAUCUCUUUAGCCUUGCAAUUUCAGACCUGCUGGUGUUACUCUAUGGGAUGCCUUUGAAAGUUUAUGAAAUGUGAAGCAACUACCCUUUCUUAUUCAGAUUAGUAGGCUGCUACUUUAAAACAGCUUUUUUUGAGACUGUGUGCUUUGUUUCUAUCCUGAUUGUAAGCAUGGUUAGCAUAGAGAGAUAUAUGGCAGUUCUUCACUCCUUCCAAGCCAGCCUGAAAAAUACCCAGCAGCGAACUCUGAGAAUCAUCCUUAUCCUAUGGCUUCUCUCAGUCCUCUUCUCUCUUCCCAAUACCAGCAUCCAUUGCAUUGUGUUACAGUAUUUUCCAAAUCACACAGAGGUCCCUGGUUCUGUAAUCUGUGCUGUGGUCAAGUCCAUGUGGAUCUACAACUGGAUCAUCCGGUUAACUUCUCUUCCAAUGAGUGCCAUCAGUGUGCUCUACUGCCUGAUGGGGAGGAAAUUGAGAAGAGACAGAUCCUUGGAAGCAAAAGAAUUUCAGACAAAUUCAGACAAAUGCAGAAAAUCUAUCACAAAGAUGCUGUUUGUCCUAGUAAUCAUUUUUGGGGUGUGUUGGGCCCCAUUCUGCACAGAUCAUCUUUUCUACAGCUUUGUUGCAACCUGGACAGAACCUCUUGCAAAUAUUUUCAACAUAAUCCAUGUGAUUUCAGGUGUUUUCUUCUAUUUGAGUUCUGCUGUGAAUCCCAUAAUCUAUCAUGUGCUCUCCUGGUGUUUUAGGAUGGCUUUUUUAAUUGUCAUCUCUCCUCAGUGCAAAUAUUGA